AUGCUGUACAAGCCGGCUGCUCUGCCCAAACUCCACGUUCGCGUCCCCGUCGUCCCAGACAUCAGCGCCCGCUUUGCUUUGCCCUACAGCAACAAUACCACCACUCCAACUACAAACGGCUAUUACUACUACCAGAGCAAAGGCGGUCAACGCUCGCCCUACUCGGCUUCUUCCUCCAAACCCGCCAAUCGCUGCGUCAGUUGGAGCCCCUCACAAGCCAUCCCAGAGGGUCACUACUCCAAAGGAUUCACCCUCACGACCUUCCAAAAGGUUGCCGACAAACAUCAUCACCCCCCCUCUACUCCUUCUUCCUCAGCCGCCUCAUCGUUCUCUUCUUCGUCAGCGUCAUCCCAUACAGAAACAGCAUCAUCGUCCCUCAAACGGUCGAACACCAGUCACCCGCAACGAAGAGUGUCAACGACCCUCACGCCCUUCCAACGACUCGUCGGUCGCUCCAAAUCACUCAGGGUCAAAACGCCCGCUGCGCUCAUCAACGGCAUCAUCAUGGAGACUGAGAACCCUCUUCUCCCCUCAGAGGGCUUUACCACCUUCCACACCGCACUUGUCUCUUCCCCUACCACCACCAACACCCCUCACGCCAUCAAUAUCACCAACAACAACACCAACACCAACAAAAGCAACAACAAUAAUAGUAACCGACCAAAAAUUGUCAGCCCGCGCCUUAGCAAGAUCAUACACUCCUACGAAACCAGACCAUCAGCAGGAGGAGAAGGAGGAGUAGGAGACAAGAACUCUCCCGGAGAUGCUUCUAAACAUAGCAAUACUAUUCAGUCCCAAGACAGCAGGAACACCGCCCUUUUUGUCAGCAUCAACAGCAACAAGACUCACAUCCUUACAAGUGUGAAUGGACUAGAGUCAGAAAGGGGGGUACCGACUAUCAUCCCAACGACCCCAACUACGACCAAGACAGCGAACAACACGCCCACUACUCCUCCUGCGAGCACUACUACCGUCACCGCCACCACUCCUACUUCCGGCGGCAAGAAACUUCCAUCCCAACCCAACAGCUUCAACAACAACCAUAACAAAGGUACCAGCUAUUCAAAGACCGAGUCUGCUGCCAAAGCAGUCAUAGUAAGCGAUCCACAAACAACCAAAGCGGGAUUGUCAGUGUCUGUGGACACCAACAAGCCGUCGAUUGCGAACAUGUGCGUGGGCCCAUGUAAGCCUCUUUGGCAGCAUACGCGCACCAACGCUGAUCAAAUCCGUGCACUCGGGCUCACGACUAAAGAGAUCCAAAAACAGGAGACAAUCUUUGAACUCAUCUACACCGAAUCAGAGUACCUCGACGACCUCAAGAACAUGCACAAGCUCUUUGUUGAGGAACUGAAUGUCAAGAUGGCAGAGGCACGGAGGAAGAAGCGAUCGAGCCCCGACAAGGCGGACGUGAAGUUGUACGAGAGACUUGCCCGCUUGCUCUCUCACAUCAAGGAUCUAUGGAACGGACACCAGUCGUUAUUGCGCUCGUUGCAGAACAAACAGGAGAGCGAAUCGCCAGUUGUGGAGGAUAUUGGCAGUGUUUUCGAGAGUUUCUACAUGUUUACGAUCUACGACUCGUACUUUGCUCAGUACACUACUUCGUCGCGCGACUUUCAACACAUCUCUACCGGGAACUCUGAGCUUUGUCUGAUCAUUCGGAACCUCCUCAAGGCCCCAGUCUGCAAGUCUCUGUCGAUGGAAGGCAUAUUUCUCAAACCCAUCCAGCGUCUCCAAAAAUACCCAUUGUUCUUUAAGGAUUUGAUGAACUUGACGCCAAAGGAUGACCCAGAUUACGCUCAGCUGGAACACGCCCUUAGCAAUCACCAAAAGGGCCUGACCAAGAUUGACGAUCGGAUAUGGGUUGAGGAGCACAAUGAGAUGUUGAAGGAUCUUCAGCAGCGAAUCAAAGGACUACCUUCAAAUUUCUCACUUGUUGAAAAACAUCGCUACUUGAUCCUGGAUGGCCCUGUCUACCGCGUCGCCACUCGCCAGUCAAGCAAGUUCUCGUUCGGGAAGCAUAGCAGUCACAAGUCCGAGGGUUACGGAUUGCCCAUUUCUUCGUCUAUGGAAUGGCGCGACCGGUUCAAGACGCCAGGACUGGGCUUUGACGCGGGAGAUGAUGCAGCACCAAUUCUCAUCCAUCGACCCAGUCAAUUGGACUACCAUCAUCAGCACGCCAAGCCAGCCUUCUCGCCCACCCCUCCUUCAUCGCUGGCCUCUUCGGCGUCGUCGUCUCAGUCCGGUCUGGCAUCGCCAACAACGCUGUCAUCACCCUUUCCAAGCGGCAACAAGUUGUUUACUCCUAGAGCCAAGAGCUAUAUCGACCCUCAGCACUAUGACAGUUUCCAGAAAUCAGGCUUUCCAUACCAGAGCCCAUCCUCCCCACCUUCCGCAACAACACUCCACUCCCUCUCAUCCGCCCCAAGUCCAAUCCCGAUCCCCAACAACUCUCCACCCAAACAACUUUCGGUGUCACAAUUGGUCUCGCAUUACAACUUCAACCUCUCGUCCAGUUUCUCUAACUUUACGAGCAUUGGUGGAGCGGGCCAUCCUCGUAACACAUCCUCGUCGGCUCUGCAUUUACCGGGGAUGAUCAAGAAUUCGACGGAUAUUGAGGCCGAGUAUCAUGUGUUUGUGUUUACGGAUAUUGUACUAUGGACCAAGCGGGUGAUGAGUCGGUAUCAUCGGAAGGAGGGUGUUCCCUGGAACUUUAAGCUUGUCGAGCCUGUCUCUCGCCUCACCAGUGUGUGCAACACUAGCGAAGACAAUGUGUUUAUGUGCACGUCGUCGGUCGGUGUCAUCCCUGUGCCUUUCUCCGGCGGCCAGAAACGUGAAGGAGUCGAUCAUGGACCAGUCAAGAUCAUCGAGUUUGGACUCUUGGACCAACUCAAAGAACUCGGCUGGAUCGUCCACUUUGACGGCCACCGUGACUACACCCAACUCCGCCCUGCCUCCGACCCGCCUGUGGGAAAACUGUUGAACACCCGUUACGUCUCUGCGGUCACAGAAUCGGUCGCAAAUUCUGUCCAGGCUCAACUGGAGAGGGGUUCGUUGGCGUUGACAUUGGGUGGGGACCAUUCGGUUGCUCUGGGAACUUUUUCGGGCACUGCGCGCGUUCAUCCGGAUGCCGCCCUCAUCUGGGUUGACGCCCAUGCUGAUAUCAACACGCCAGAGUCGACAGACAGCGGAAACAUCCACGGCUGCCCAGUCUCGUUCCUCCUCGGGAUUGCAGGACACGUCCAAGAACUUUCCUGGGUCAAACCUUGCCUCACCCCGGACCGACUCGUCUAUAUUGGCCUCCGCGACAUCGACGCAGGCGAGAAGAAGAUCCUAAAACAACACGGGAUCAAGGCCUUCUCGAUGCACGAGGUCGACAAGUUUGGGAUCGCAAAAGUCGUCCAGAUGGCCAUCGACCAUGUGUCCCCUAAUUGUUCCCGACCGAUUCAUUUGAGUUUCGAUGUCGAUGCGAUGGAUCCCUCAGUUGCGCCUUCGACGGGAACGCCUGUGAGAGGGGGAUUGACGUUUAGGGAGGGGCAUUAUAUCUGUGAGGCGGUUCAUGAGACGGGGUGUUUGGUCGCUAUGGAUCUGAUGGAGGUUAAUCCGACGUUGGAGGAUGAUGAGUCUGUUUUCCAGACGGUUACUAUUGGAUGCUCGUUGGUCCGCUGUGCUCUGGGCGAGACCCUUUUGUGA